AUGCGGAAUGGUUGCUGUACAUCAAGACCUACAGACUCAGACAGCCAAGAACACGGACGCGCUUCAAAUCCUCCUGUUCGACGUUCUUCUCAAGCCAUCACCUCUCAGACUGCCAUCAAUGGUGGCUCGCACGACACUGAUCCUCGCAUCUUUGCUCCUCCUUCGGGUCUUUCCAUACACCAGAGCGAAACAUCGAGGUCCGCCCUUUCUACUCCACGACAAUCUGUAAACAAUAACAGAUCCCGACGAAUCAACCAAUUAUCCUUGGCAGAUCACUACAAUCUUCCAUUGCAACCACCGAAGCCGUGGACAAGCAAGGGGAGGACAUGGACACGCGUGCAAUUGCAAAGAGAACGCUAUGAAUUUUUCGAAACCAGAGUCACGGGAAGAAGUGAGAUCUGGGAUGGUUUGAAACAGGUCAUUGAAUGUCUGCAGGAAGGAGACCUGGCAGAUGCGCAAGGUAUCUUAGAUGCUCUUUCUGUGACCUUACCCACGGGGAGGCUCGAGGAAGGGGCAUAUGAUGAGAACGGAAACUUGUAUCGAAUCCCCGAGGCCAUCAUCUCAGACCCGACAGAUGUUCUCGAGGAUACCGCUGACGUCGAUGGCCAAACCGUGACCGGCGCCGGCGAAGUGGAUGCCAUUUCCGCCAAAUUCGAUGCAGUCGAGGGAGGAAACAUGCCGCCGAGCAGAGAGGACUCGAACGGAGAAAAGAUUAAAGAAGCCAAGGGGAAGGCGGCGGUGGAAAAGGACGCCAUGAAAGUCAAAUGUCGUCUCAGCGACCGUGGAGGGCCUGACGUGAUUGUCCUGUUGGGACGAAGUCAAAGGGUGGGAGCAUUAGCGCAAAGGAUUCGAGAUGAGGCCGAGGUUCCAAGCAAAGCAAAAAUACGAAUUGCGUAUCUAGGCAAAAUCUUGGACGACAAGCUCACCCUAAGCGAACAAGGCUGGAAGGAAGGUCAUGUAAUAAAUGCAUUGAUCGUGGGGAAAUGGUCGGGCUGA